AUGUCACGCAUUCUCGUCACUGGAGGCACGGGCUUUCUCGGAGCUGCAGUUGUGGACGUCCUGUUGGCACGCGGCCACUCCGUUGUGACUACGGUUCGCAACGCCGAAAAGGCACAACAAAUGCGAGCUCAUUUCCCGUCCGACAAGUUAGAUUUUGUAAUUGUUGAGGAUAUUGCCAAACUCGAUGCCUUUGAUGAGGCUGUUGUUCAUGACCCGCCAUUUGAUGCUGUUAUCCAUACCGCCAGCCCUUUCCACUACAACAUUCAAGACAUCCGGAAGGAUAUGAUCGACCCCGCAGUGAAUGGCACAGUGGGAAUUCUACAGUCGAUAAAAAAGAACGCCCCUACCGUCAAACGUGCAGUUAUUACUUCCUCUUUUGCCGCUCUGUUCCAGGCCGAUAAACCACGAGGAUCGAAAUAUUCAGAGAGGGACUGGAAUCCCGUCACUUUGGACACCGUGAGUGAUCCUGUGAACUCAGGCGGCCAAGCUGGAUACAGGACUAGCAAAGCACUUGCUGAAAAGGCAGCUUGGGAGUUUAUGGAGAAAGAAAAGCCCGGGUUCACACUUACCGCACUGAACCCAUCGCUGAUCUUCGGACCGGUUUUGCCGUGGCUUCAUUCAGUCAAUGCCAUCAAUACAUCGAAUGAGCGAUUCUGGAAAUUCAUUUCCGGCGCAGAAAAAUUAAAAUGCUCUCCUACAGGCAGUCUAUUUUGGGUUGACGUGCGCGAUGCUGCCUUGGCGCAUGCCCUCGCUGCUGAGAAACCGGAGGUUGCUGGGAAACGGUUCUUUCUGACCGCUGGAAACUUUUGCAAUCGUGAACUGGUAGAGAUUAUCGGCGACGCCUUUCCAGAACUUCGAGAUGGCCUACCCAGCGGUGAUGAGGCCCUUAAAGACGGGUCGUAUCCUCCAGGAGGUCCCGCGCACGGAUACGACAAUUCUGCUUCAAGAAAGGAGCUCGGUCUAGAAUAUCGGAGUCUAAAAGAGAGUACGAUAGAUACUGUAAAGAGUAUACAGGCGUUGCAAAACCGGGUACAAUGA